UAGAAGCAGAUUCAACAGCAAUUUACAAAUACUUCAAAGGGAAAUUAGAUAGAGGAUCAUGCUUGAAGAACACUGGAAUAAUUAAAAAGCUCGACGCACAGUAAGCACAGGGAAGAUGGGCCGAACCGUCUCUUGCGUGCCGUGGCGUUGAUUGAGGAAUGACCCGGAUUUGGGGGAGGAACGUGGGGGUCAAAGGACCGAGAACAACAUUUGCUGACACUUUUUAAAAGCUGCAUCGAGGUUGGGCUAUUUUUUAGUGACUGGAACCAACGUGAGGGGAGGUGGAUCGAGAAAGAGGGACUUCACGGAGGGAGCAGUCAGCUCAAAAUAUUUUCUUCAACUUGAUUUCACUUUCGUUUUCCCCGCUUGGAGACUUUGUUCAGAAAGACUUGCUGGCCAUUCCAGGGAGAUUUUAGCGUGAAAAGACACCAAGUUAAGAGCAUUGCCUUGGAGAGGGUCCGGAACCCAGAAACAAUGCCGCAAGACCCAAAGAAAAUUCAGGUCCUGAAUGUUCCUGGAAAUGUUCCUGUGCAACGUCUGUUGCAUAAACUGACCAUUUAUUUCCAGAAGACGAGCAAUGGAGGGGGUGAAGUGUUGGAUGUGGAAUAUCCGACCGGUGUUAAAGACUGCGCUUACGUCAUUUUUGAAAGGGAGGCAGAUGCAAACAAUGUCCUUAAAGGAGAACACAUAUUUCAACUGGACAAUAAGAAAUAUAAACUAGAAGUACGGGAAGUUGAAAAAGUCCUGAACAAUAAUGAUAAUGAACAGGUGAUGCUGUUUGUGAAAACAAAACUGGACACAAGCUGCUUUCCUGAAGGGAAGGCUCGUCAGUUAAUCUUUCGGCAUAAUUUUCAAGUUAUACAAUCCCAAGGCUGCAUUGUGGAGAUCAAAGGCUCUUUCCCUUCUUUAGUGAAGCUUCGAAGAGAUCUUAUGGACGUUAUUAUACAUCAGCCAACACAUGCAGUCUCCAACCAAAGACAUUCAGCCAAUAAUGAGAGGUGUGAAAGAAAUGAGGAAUCUUUGCAAUCUGGAGCUUUCAGAAAAUACAGGCUAUCAAGUGCCCUUGAUAAUGUCUCUGAUUCAUCAGCAUCCAGUGAAGAAGAUAAUAGUGCCAGCCAGCAAGCCUCAAAUAUCCACUCAAGAUCCUCUGUGCCAGAAUUUUAUGCUGAUAAAAGCAAUAGUUCCCCACUGCUGUUGGUUGCUUCUUCAUCUUCUCUGCCAGUUGUCAGUUCCAAUAACAAAGCAGACACCGUUUCAUAUGUCAGUGGGGGUGUUCGUGACCGUCAGGUAGCAGUGAAGUAUAUGAGUACUUCUGCUGUAGAAAAAGGUUCCAUUUCUAAAACGUAUGAUAGUAGCCUGAAUUCAUUUUCAUCUCAUGCUUCAAACAGUUCUUCUGUACCUCGUUGUAUAAGCUUUAUGGUUGAUAAAUAGGCAUUCAAAUACCUACAGACUAUUGGUGGCAGUUGCCUUCAACAACUUCUUACGAAAUAUUCCACAGGCAUUAAAGUAGUUUAUGUUGAUGAGGUGUGUGAGAUAUCUUUAUCCCCAAAAAAGACAGAGGACAAUUCCAGUAGAAAUCUAUUUGAAGCCAAGUCAGCAAUUUGUGCACAAAUCCAGAAGAUACAGCAGGAGCUAAGGAUUCAUCAUGUAGAUUUGACUGCAGAGUAUUCCAACAAGAGGGAGGCAAUACUGCAUAAUUGCAAGUGUGUUGAUUCCAUUUCUUUUGGAGUUCUGUUGGAAAUACAUGGUCAAACUGUAAGUGUGGUGGGACCAUCAGUUGAGAGUUAUAACAUUCAGCAAUAUAUUUUGGGGAAAGGUUUUUUCCCUAAACGGGGCCCUUGUCAGUGAGGGAGGAGUUUGAGUAGGUCAGGAGGACACAUUAAAUGCAAAUCUUCAUGUUCUCCAACUUACAAGGAAGAUCCAUUGAAUGAUUCCAACUCAAACUCUCAGCAAUCAAAAUUACCAAUCAAACCAAGGCCACACACCAGUGAUCAGAUGAAGACCCUUUCAGGAAAGCCAAGUCCAGUUAAUACCUGUCAAGAGCAACCGUCUUCAUCACAGACUAGGAAGACAGAGCCUCCAAAAUACUUUGCAUUGCACACGGUUCGCAAACAAAAACAAUUGGACAUUUUGAGACUCGAAGACCAAAGAACUCAUAAUGCCCAGCAACCUGUUGAAAGCUGAUCCCAAAUUCUGGACCCCAUUUCUACAGAGGAAAAGCAUGAUUAAAUAUACACUGUCCCACAGGUUUAUUCUUGGUGGUUCAUUUGGUUCAUUUGCCCCUUGGCAAAGGAAUUUCAAAUUGGGAUACAAAAGCAGAAAAUGAAAACUGUGAAGUGUCAAUCAUUUUCUCUUGAGGGAGGGAAUAUGUGUUCCUUUGUUUUGGCUACACCUUUAUAAGUGCUUUAUUAGAUUAGAUUCCCUACAGUGUGGAAACAGGCCCUUCAGCCCAACAAGUCCACACUGCCCCCCAGACCCAUCCCCUAUAACCCACACACCCCUGAAUACUACGGGCAAUUUAGCAUGGCCAAUCCACCUACCCUACACAUCCUUGGACUGUGGAAGGAAACCAGAGCACCCGGAGGAAACCCACGCAGACACGGGGAGAAUGUGCAAACUCCACACAGAUGGUUGCCUGAGACUGGAAUCGAACCUGGGUCCCUGGCGCUGUGAGGCUGCAGUGCUAACCACUGAGCCACCGUGCCACCCCGCAAAGAACUUUGGAAGUUCUGAGGUUGUCAACAUGAUAUAUAAAUGCAAGAUUUUUCAUUUUUUCUAGAUAAAGUAGCUUUUACCUUUGCUCACCCUGCAAAGUGCUCUGGGGUCAGUGCUGUAGAUUGAAACUUCAAAAAUAAUGGUGAGGCUAUAUUUUCCCCAACUCCUAAUCAUUAAAAUAUUUAAUUGUCACUUCUAAAAUCUCCUGAAUCAGUUUGGAAAGGCACUGGUGUGGUUGUGAUGUCACUGGGCUGGUAAUCCAGUCCCCCAGAUCAAUGGUCUGGGAAUAUGGGUUUGAAUCCCACCAGGGCAAAUGGUGAAAUUUAAAUUCAUUUCUAAAAAUGUCUGAAAUUAAACGUUAGCCCAAUGAUGACCAUGAAACUUUUGGCAAAACUUGUCUCGUUCACUAAUGACCUUUUUGGAAAUGAAAUCUAUCAUCUUUACCUGAUCUGGCCAUAAAUGUAACUCCAAACCAUCAGUAAUGUGUUGGUCCCUUAACUGCAUUCUGAAAAUGGCCCUAGCAAGCCACUCUGAUCAGUGUCCAAUACUGGCCAAUAACAUCCCAUGAAGAAAUAAGAGACUUGCUUUCAACUGCUUUGUUACCUGUGGCACCUUAUCUUGCAGCAGGGCUCAACUGGGCUGCUGCAGCACAAUGGUUCAAUCAAUUAACAGAGAGGACAUGAGUUCAAAUUUCACUAUAGCAGCUUUAGAUUUUAAAUUUGGAUGUUUAAAUAUAAAUGCUUUCAGGCUUUGGUUUUUAUAAAGUGACCACAACACAGCCAUGUUAUGAUAAAAAUUCAACUGCAAGAGUUAAUUCACUGAUGACCUGAAAUGAUGGGAUCCUUCUGACCCACCUGGUCCUGCCGAGAGGUGCCCUGGGGAAAUAAAUCGGAAGCCUUGGGGCACAGUGGCCUAUCUCUAGGCCAGAAAGUCCAGGUUCAACCCCCACCAGAAUUGUGUGCUAUAACCUGUCCAAGCAGAUAGUUUUUAUGUUUUUUUAAAAAUCAAUUUGUGACACGUGACUCAGCUCCCAAUGUGUUUCACUCUUAAUUAGUAUCUGAAUCCAUUCAGUUGAACUUGAAAUUCAUUCAUAGUGGGUAGGCAUUGCUGCUAUAACCUGCAUUUAUUACCUGUCCCAAAUUGCCCAUGAGAAAAGGUGGCUUCUCAUUGAAUUGCUGCAAACCACAUAUUGAAGGUACUACCAUAGUCCUGUUAGCUUAGGAGUUCCAGGGCUCUGACGCAGCUAACGGGUAAUGAAUUCUAGAAAAUGUACAAUGGUGUAAGAGUUGGAGGUGAAGUUAAUGAUGUGAUGGUGUUCGUAUGUAUGUGCUGCCCUUCCCCUUCUGGGUGAUCAUUGGGAGGUGUCAAGCUUUGGUGAGUUGCCAUGGCGCAUCGUAUGGAUGGUACACACUGAUGUCAAGAGCAGUCACUCUCACCUCACCUUUUUAAUCCAUGUUUGGGCCAUGGAUGUAAUUAGAUCUGGAGUUGAAGUGGUCCUGGCAUGACCCAAUUUGGUCACCAGUGAGCAAGUUAUUGCUGAGUCAAUCCCUUUGAUAGUGCUGUCAGUGAUAGCUGACCUUCCUUUGCUGAUGCUCGAAUUGCAGCUGAUGAACAAGUAAUGAUUGGAAUAAAUUUUCUUUCUUUUUUGUGGAUCCAACAUUGGUACCAACAUUGUGGACAAUCCUACGUUGUAGGUGUGCUGGGACGUCCUAAUAAGAAGCAUGGCUAAUUCUGGAGCACAGGUCUUCAGCACGUAGAGUUUUAUGGGGCUGAUAGCUUUAACUGUGUCCUCAACUAUUUUUAGAUGCCUUAUAGGUUUGAAAUAAUUGGCUGAACAUUGGCAUUCCCCGUUUUGGUGGGGAACCAGAGAGGAGGACGAGCUGAAUCAUUAACUAUACACUUCUGGCUGAAGGUGAUCCUAAGAAUUCUCCACCCCAAACAACUGUAGAUGCUUAGCUUUGAACAUACUCCACAGCCAGGAUCAAUUCAUAUUUAGAUUCUAAGGGGAUCAAAGGUUUUGGUAGUCAGGGGAGAGGUGAAGUUAUAAUAUCAACCAUCAUCUUAUUACAAGGAGGUGUAUGUUUAAGGAUUGUCUGAACUACUCUUGUACCUAUAUCCAAUUAAUAAGUAUGUUAUACAAAAAAUAUUCUGAUGUUUCUGACUUUACUGGUGCACUUUUGACACUCCCUCA